UUUCUUGCCCGUUAUUGUUUCUCUCUUCUCCAAAAACAACAAAACAAUUAUUAUUUGUUCUUCAGAUCAUGAUCUGGAGAACGGAAACGGAAGAGGCUCUUCAGAUCGUGAUCUGGUUAGCGUCACCGGGAUCGGAUCCGCAGUGUUCUUCCGUGACCUUGAUCGCUUCUCUCAUGAUGAUUAGGAGUUUUUUUUUGCUUUUCUGUGAUCUAAUUGUUGAGUGGUUAAACAAUUUUGAAGGUUUCUGUCGUCUUCGUCGCCUCUGAUCUGUGCCCCUAUGGUGGGAUGCGGUUUGAUCCCAACGGAAAGAUCUCUGUGGAAUGGGAACCAUUUGGUGCUUUUUACUUUGCAGUACCUCAGGUUUAGUUUAAUGAGUUUGGGGGAAGCUCAAUGUUGGCUGCAACUCUUGCUUGGGACAAUGAACUCUCUUGGACGCUGGAGAAUGCUACUGAAGCACUUCAGGAGACCAUGCUUCAGGCUAACCAUAGAACAAAGUCUGCUUUUAAGUUAUUGGUUGGUCUUUUUACUAACGAGGACUUUGUUUGUGUCAGGUUUCUUCUGUUGUGAUGAGGUUACGAAGGGAGUCUCUAGUAGUAUCUGUUCUUAGCAAGAAUCAUGUUCCCACAAAAAGAGCGUAUUACCCUGCUGUUGAGAAGGCUUUGGAGAUGGUUAAACAAAAGAGUUCAUCUCUUAUUCUAUGAGUUCUCAUCAAAUGGACCAAAGGUUUUGAGAUUAGUGAAAUGGUUGGGAAAGACAUAGCUGAAUGCCUACAAGAAGCGCUGAACAGAACAGGCCUACAUAUGCAUGUUGCGGCUCUUGUGAAUGAUACUGUCGGAGCCUUGUCACUUGGAUAUUAUCAUGAUCCAGAUACAGUUGUGUUUGGAACAGGUAGUGAUUCAUGUUACUUGGAACGAACUGAUGCUAUAAUCAAGUCUCAGGGUCUGCUUACACCUUCUAGAAGCAUGUCAAUAUGGAGUGGGGAAAUUUUUGGUCCUCACACCUGCCAAGGACUUCAUAUGACAUUGACUUGGAUGCAGAGAGUUCAAAUCGAAAUGAUAUGGGAUUUGAGAAGAUGAUAGCAGGAAUGUAUCUGGGUGACAUUGUUCGCAUGUCACAAGAAUCUGAUAUCUUUUGACCCUCCUCUUCGUUGUUGUCUGAGCCUUACACCUGAUAACUUUAAUUUUGUUUGAUUAUUAUGGAUAUUAUCUAUUUAGGCACAUUGUAGCGUACAUUCCACCGGUUUAGUUCUAAAUAACAUAAAACAAAAUAAUGAAUAUUA